GAUAAAUCUGUAUUUUAAUAAUGUAAAGAAGCAGUGGCCUUGGUUGGUUGCCGUUAUAGUGUGUGAAUGACUAUGAACCAACCAAAAAACUGAUUUUUCAUUCACUCAAAGGCAGCAACAAUGUUGCGCUCCUCCUCUUUCUCUGUCCACUCAACAAUUCUUCUUCCUUCUUCUUCUUCUUCUUCUUCUUCUUCUUCUUCUUCUUCUUCUUCUUCUUCUUCUUCUUAUCAGCCAUGUCUACUUCACCACCACUUACACUUUCGCACUCAAUCUCUUCGGUUAACCAACUUACACUUUCGCAAUACCUAUUUCCCAUUAAGACAACCCAAGGCACUACAAAAGGUGAUAAGUUGCUCUACAAGCGAUCCAUUGAAGGUCAUGAUAUCAGGUGCACCUGCAUCUGGAAAAGGGACACAAUGUGAACUCAUUGUUAGUAAGUAUGGAUUGGUGCACAUAUCAACUGGGGAUUUGCUAAGAUCAGAAGUAGCAGCUGGCACAGAAAUAGGAAAUAAAGCAAAAGAGUUCAUGAAUGCUGGUCGCUUGGUUCCUGAUGAAAUCGUCACAGCUAUGGUGGCAGCACGAUUGUCUUGCGAAGAUGUUAAGCAAAAAGGGUGGCUUCUUGAUGGUUACCCUCGGAGUUUGGCUCAAGCUGAGAGUCUAGAGGAAAUGCAGAUACGACCUGAUGUGUAUAUCGUAUUAGAUGUUCCUGAUGAAAUUCUGAUCGACAGAUGUGUUGGUAGAAGGCUAGACCCAGUAACUGGCAAAAUAUAUCAUCAGAAGUUUUUUCCACCGGAGACUGAAGAAAUCAAAGCAAGGUUGGUAACUCGUCCAGAUGACACCGAAGAAAAGGUUAUGUCACGCCUGAAGAUAUAUAAACAAAAUGCAGAAGCUGUAUCUUCCUCUUACUCAAACAUAACGAAUAAGAUUGAUGGAAGCCGUCCCAAAGAAGAAGUUUUCAAAGAUAUUGAAUCUUUAUUAUCUCCAUUGCAACAAGAUAAAGUGAAAGUAGUGAAAUCUGGAGAAAAAUCAAUUCUUGAUAUCAAAAAGGGGAAAGCAUCUUUGAUCCAGGAUAAAUGGAGAGGAAUUCCUACUAGACUAAAUAACAUUCCUCAUUCUCGAGAUAUCCGGAAAUAUUUCUAUGAUGAUGUGCUACUAGCUACACAGAGGGCUAUCAAUGAUGGAAAAAUUAGAUUGAAGGUUGACAUCAACAUUCCUGAACUGAAUCCAGAAAUGGACGUUUAUCGAAUUGGCACCUUGAUGGAACUUAUUCGAUCUCUUGCACUUUCAUUUGCUGAUGAUGGGAAACGUGUAAAGGUUUGUGUACAAGGAUCAAUGGGAGAAGGUGCUCUUGCUGGAAUGCCAUUGCAGCUUGCUGGAAGUCGAAAGAUUUUAGAGUUCAUGGAUUGGGGUGAUUAUGGUGCUAAAGGAACAUUCAUCAACAUUGGUUCUAUAGGUGCGGCAGAAGUUGAAGAGCAAGAUGACAUGUAUAUCUUAGUGGCUCCUCAAAAUGCUGUAGGGAAUUGUAUUAUUGAUGAUUUAAGAGCAAUGACCAGUGCUGCCGAACACAGACCUGUUAUCCUGAUCAAUGCUAAGCUUAAGGAUUUACCUGCUUCUAGUGGUAUUAUGCAAACAAUGGGGCGAGACAAAAGACUUGAGUAUGCAGCAUCAUUUGAAAGUUGCUAUUUCUUUCGGCUUCUCUAUUAUGCAGGAACGCAGUAUCCCAUAAUGGGAGCUCUCAGGAUGUCGUAUCCAUACCGAUAUGAGCUGUACAAGAGAGUAGAUGAUUCAUCUGGUAAAGAGAAGUAUGUCAUUUUGUCUACCUUUACUGAAAGGCCUACUAUUGAUGAAAUUAACAGCUCCUUUGAAGGAAAACCAAGAAAUGAAACAGGGAAAGCCUCAGGGUUUUGGGGCUUCUUGAGUGAGAUAUUUUAUGCAUAGUGGAAGUGUCAAAGUCUUUGAUUUUCUACAUUAUUAUAAGUGAAGAAUUGUGACAAUUUGCCAAGUAAUUAUGGCAAAGUCUAAGCUUGUUGUACACCUUGCUGGUGGUGGAACAGCUUGAAGAUGCAAAGAAUUUUCAAAUUAUAAAUGGUCUUGAUAGUAUCAAAAAAGGCUAGAAGAAAUUUGUUUACAAGCAACUGUAUUAAUAUAGUAAAUAUUAUGGGCCUCACAUGGUACAAAUUGUAUUGACUUUUUGAUUACUUUUUUGUGACCCUAAAAUCAUUAUGCUAAUUUCUCUUGGUUAUGGAAGAUGUGAGGGAUUUUAAUACUACUUCCCUCUUGAAAUA